GGCUCUACCAACACUUGUCCCCACAUGUCAGCCGCACCAAACCAUCCUUGCCCGGUCCCUCCGCGCAGGCUGCUGCCACCUCACGCCGCUCUCGCCAGUCGCCACCCUCCUAUCUCCUGCAUCGAAAAGGAAAAGCUUCCCUCGCCUCCCCCAGCCAGACCCGAAGAAUCCCGGGGGCGAAGAAGGAAAAAUAUCGCACCUCCCCCGCCGCCGAUCGAAGCUCGUGCCUUCCCCCGCCGAUCAGCGCCUCCGGUUCCGGAUCCCCGCGCGCAUCCACCUCGCCGACUCUCGAGCCCAGGCAAGGUGCUACUACUGUUUGGUCAUUUGAGUUGUGGGCACUGAGUGAAGUGCUGGCAUGGGAGGCGUGUUUGGACGCCAGGACACCAGCAGGAGGGGCUCGCAUGGCAUGAAGCUAGAGUCGAAGAUGGUGGAGUCCAUGAAGCAGAGAGCGGCGCAUGGAACUUCGGUCAAGUCGUUCAAUAGUAUUAUCAUGAAGUUCCCAAAAAUCGACGAGGGCUUGAGAAAAUGCAAGACUAUCUUUGAGCAAUUCGAUGAAGAUUCCAAUGGUGAAAUUGAUAAAGAAGAGCUGAAGAAUUGCUUUCAGAAGCUGGAAAUCUCAUUCACAGAGGAGGAGAUAAGUGAUCUCUUUGAAGCCUGCGACAUAAAUGAAGAUAUGGGCAUGAAGUACAAUGAGUUCAUUGUCUUUCUGUGCCUUGUUUAUCUUCUCAAUGAUCCGGCUGCGUCAGAAGCAAAGACAAAGAUGGGAUUAGGAGAUCUUGAGUCAACUUUUGAGACCUUGGUUGAUGCAUUUGUCUUCUUGGAUAAGAAUAAGGAUGGGUAUGUGAGUAAGGAUGAGAUGAUUCAAGCAAUAAAUGAGAGCAUACCAGGGGAACGCUCUGCUGGCCGUAUAGCCAUGAAAAGAUUUGAGGAGAUGGAUUGGGACAAGAAUGGGAUGGUUACCUUCAAGGAAUUUCUGUUUGCAUUCACUCGCUGGGUAGGGAUAGGCGAAAACGAGGACGACGAUGAAUGAACGAUGUGCAAGCGACAGCUGAAGAACAUGGCUGACUAUAAAUUGGUUGCAUGGUGGUUUUAUCUUCUUUGAUGUUCGUAAUAGAAUGACUGACAUGUCUGAACACCUGUAUCAACAGUGUCUGUAACAGCUUCGCCUCCAUUGCACAAAUUAUGUUCUGUCGUAAACAAAAGAGACCGCCCCGUGCUGAUUUGUUCUUGCGUAGCUUAUACUUGUUGGUAUACAUCAUCCUAUAUUCAUGCCUAUUUUGACAACA